UGUCGUUAACGCAGCUAGGAGGAAAGGCGAGGAAAUGAAAAGCGAACGGAAGUGUUGGAAAGAAUAAUUAUGUCAUGAUUUUUUAAUAUCCGUACGCCAGUUUUUCAGAUUCCGCAUUUGUUGAGGAACAAAAGACGUUAUUUAUUUAAUCUUUUUGUCAGCACGAUGGAACAGCCGGUGCCUAAAAAUAAAUUAAAGAAGCUAAGUGAAGACAGUCUAACCAAGCAACCUGAGGAAGUCUUUGAUGUUCUUGAAAAACUUGGUGAAGGGUCCUAUGGAAGCGUAUUUAAAGCAAUUCAUAAAGAAUCAGGCCAAGUGGUGGCCAUUAAGCAGGUUCCUGUGGAGUCGGACCUGCAGGAGAUCAUUAAGGAGAUCUCCAUCAUGCAACAAUGUGACAGUCCCUAUGUAGUGAAAUAUUAUGGCAGUUAUUUUAAGAACACAGACCUAUGGAUUGUGAUGGAAUACUGUGGUGCUGGCUCUGUAUCCGAUAUCAUUCGGUUACGUAACAAAACACUCACAGAAGACGAGAUUGCUACUAUCCUUAAAUCCACAUUGAAAGGGCUUGAAUAUCUGCACUUCAUGAGAAAGAUUCACAGAGACAUCAAAGCUGGGAAUAUUCUUCUUAAUACUGAGGGACAUGCUAAACUUGCAGACUUCGGAGUGGCUGGGCAGCUGACGGACACAAUGGCAAAGAGGAACACUGUGAUUGGCACACCAUUCUGGAUGGCUCCAGAGGUGAUUCAGGAGAUUGGGUAUAAUUGCGUGGCAGAUAUCUGGUCUCUGGGUAUCACGUCUGUAGAAAUGGCAGAGGGCAAACCUCCAUAUGCUGACAUUCAUCCAAUGAGAGCAAUUUUUAUGAUUCCAACAAAUCCGCCACCAACAUUCCGGAAACCUGAGCUGUGGAGUGAUGAUUUCACAGACUUUGUAAAAAAAUGUUUAGUGAAGAACCCAGAGCAGAGAGCAACAGCUACUCAACUAUUACAGCAUCCCUUCAUAACAAGUGCUAAACCGGUGACCAUUCUUAGGGACCUAAUCACAGAAGCGAUGGAGAUGAAGGCAAAAAGACAGCAGGAGCAACAGCGGGAGCUGGAAGAAGAGGAUGACAACUCGGAAGAGGAGGUGGAGGUGGACUCUCACACCAUGGUGAAGUCUGGCUCAGAAAGCGCUGGCACCAUGAGAGCUACAGGGACCAUGAGUGACGGUGCUCAGACCAUGAUCGAACAUGGCAGCACCAUGCUGGAGUCUGAUUUAGGCACUAUGGUCAUUAAUAGCGAUGAGGAAGAUGAGGAAGAAGAUGUGGGCUCAAUGAGAAGAAAUCCAACAGCACCACAAGCCCAGCGCCCAUCUUUCAUGGAUUACUUUGACAAGCAGGACUCGAACAAAGCACAGGAGGGUUACAAUCACAACCAGCAGGAUCCUUAUCAUAUGCCUAAGACUGCUUUCCCGGACAAUUGGAAAGUACCACAAGAUGGAGACUUUGAUUUUCUAAAAAACCUGGAUUUUGAAGAGCUGCAAAUGCGCCUCAGUGCUCUGGACCCCAUGAUGGAGCGGGAAAUUGAGGAGCUGCGGCAGCGCUACACGGCUAAAAGGCAGCCCAUUCUCGAUGCCAUGGACGCCAAGAAGCGGCGGCAACAAAACUUUUAAUACUGACUUCAGAAAAAAAGCAAGUACAUUUAGAAAAUAAAGAACUGGCAGGCCAGGUUACUUCCAAUCUUACAGUCUUUUAUUUAGUUUCACUUAUGAUGCAAAGCCUCUUGCUGUUUGCCCUCAGCUGCCGAUUAGCCACAGGAGCAUCUGGUUAAGUAUUAGAAUGCUGUUUUACUUUAUUUCUAGGGAAAUUGUCAGAGGCCUGAGCCAGGUUUUCAAAGGUUGCACUCUGUAUAAUAAAACAAGUGCAGUAACAUUUUAAGGUGAAGAAACAUUCACAAGGACCAGUGAGCUGAUUUUCCUGUUUAAGUUAGUGAAGGUUGUCAUUUAGCACACUUGAAUGUACUUGAUUUGUAAAUCUGUACACUUUUUAUGAAUGAGGGAUUAGGGGACCGAAGGGGUUAAUGUCGUCUUCCCUCAAAUAUCACCUUAGCCAUAAUGUCCUGUACUAACACAAUGUUUCUCUGCUAUCAUGCUCAUCAACCUUAUGACUGAAAUCACACCUUGGUCACUAUUUAACGCACUGCUUUAGGUGUUUUUCUGUUGUCUAAACAAAUAGCAGAAAACAAAAUUCUCUUUGUAAACCACAAUGCUUUGCAAUAGGUUAAACAGAACAGCAGACCCAAUCUGGAAUAGAAUAACUAAUAGAUUUCUAUCUGGAGCAAGUGUGUAAGUGUGUACGAUUUGGUUUAAAACAUGAUUAAGACCCAUGCAGAGGUGCCAACAUUUCUAACAAGAACCCUUUAUUAUUUAAGAAAUGAGAAGCAACAGUAAGAAGAAGGAAAUUAGAACAGCUAUGAAAAAAUAAACAGCUGCUCUGUUUUAUAAACAAACAAGACAAUAUCACUGCAUUUGUUUUCUUUUUCAAGGGAUGUGAAUUCCUGGGUCAGAGAUCACUUAGAUAAUGCUGACGCAAAUAGAAAGUAACCAUAACCAGACGCUUUCACAUUUCACAUCCCAAGACUUUGCCUUGCUUUCAUCCCAAGUAAAUUGUGUCCACAUUUGGUCAGGGCACUGUCUCAUAUUAUAAAACAAAGUUUUCAGGAAUCUUGCUUGUCAUGGCAAAAAGUCACAGAUUGUAAAUGCUAUGUCUAAAACAGACACUCGCAAACUAGAUGUUGCAACCCCACACGAGGAUCGCUUGCUUUAUAAAUGUGGUCCCAAAAGAAUUUUUUUUUUCCUUAGUUUCAUUUACUUAUUUAGCAAAUUAAUAUUAGAAAUUAUAAUUUUUUUGCGCUUAUAUUUUGAAAUGCAACUGGAAUCACAUUCAUACAAAUUCCAUUUACAACAACAAGGUACAGGUUAUUUAAUUUUUCUUAAAUUUAAUGCCAUUUUGCACUAGCGCAGUUUAGCAGUAGAAAUGGGCAGAUUUUCCUGUCUGUCUGCCUCCAUGUAAAACUAGCAUUAUGAUUCAGAUCCUAUAUUUGAGUACUAUUCUAGACCAUUACUGAGUACUAACACUGACUAGUUUUUCUGUUAGUGUGUGAAUCUCAUGAGAUUUAAAAAUACCUUAUAGUGUGAGGUUAGAGGCUUUUAUUUUAAGAUGCAGCCCACAAAAAUAAUCAUGACAACAGCAGAAAGCUUUAAAAAGAGACAGAGUUGGUCAGUAUGUUGAACAUGGAUGUGCAUAAAACUGCUAAGCAUAUGGAAGUUUCAUCACUGAUCUGCUAUGUAGUGAAUGUUGUUAAUAAAUCUUCUGGAUGUGCAAACGUAUAAUGCGAAUAACAAUGCUGCUCUUGGUGGCGGUGCUUCUGCAUGCACUCACAAAAUCAUGCGUCACAUACAAACUAGACUCCUCGGCUUCACAUCUCACUUCCUGUGAAUGGAUUAAUUUCCUGUGAACAACAGAACUGACUAGUAAAUUACUUUAAGUUGUAUUUUUCUGUUUUCUUAGCCAUUCGAGUUUAAUUUUGGUAUGUUAAUAACAUACAAAUGUUUAAAUGUUGCAGCAGGUAGUAUAAACCUAGAAUUAAAAAAUAUAUAUGUUUGGAGUAGGGGAAAAUGUAUAAUGUCCAUUUUAGGGUUGUUUGCCCAAAGCUUUUGGGACACCUGGUCCAAACUAUGAAUAUUGGCACCUCUGGAUGUGUAAUUACAGGACUUGGAUGAAUUACCACAUGAGAAACAGCUGGAUUUAAGAAUGCUUAAAUAUAACCAAAGACAAUCAAAUUAUUGGUCAUAGCGAGCUAUGAAACUUAGGAUAUGUAAUUUUAAAUAUGCUUCCCUUUCUUCAUCUGAAAUUGGUGUAAGUGAGGUUUCUACUGUUAAGACCAGGCUUUACUAGACUGUUUGAAAUGUCCUCCUUGCAGUAGUUAUUGGAUUUGGUGGAGCAAUGAUAAAAAUUGCACUCCCUACAAUUUGUAAGCUUUUGUUUUUGGACACCAUCCUGUUUCUGUAAAUAUGCAUGGAGUAUUUAAGUUUCAAGUUUAAUGUCUUCUGGGUUUUUUUUUUGUUGUUUUUUUGUCAGUAAACACUCCUGUAAAAAAAAGUCUCGGACCCUCGAACUGUCAAUUUCUCAGGGGUUGAUGAACAAGUACUUUCUUUUAAUUGAAGUGAUUGUUUUGAAAUGACAUGUCUGAUGUCCAACCUCUGCAUCUACAGGACCAGCAUUAUUAUUUGGUCUGUCUGUUACUGGUACUUAAGCAAUACCACAAAUAUAAUCUGAAAAAAAAAAAAAAAGAUUAACAAAAUGUCCUAGAGGAGGAACCUGUUACAUACAACCCCAUGAUGUAGUACAUGGACCUUUAUAAUUGUUAGCAGUUUUUCACUAAGGCCUACUGUGGACAUUUUGCUAAUAUUGUUUUAAGAAUAUGUGACCUAUAGCUUGUUUGGUGAAUCAGUUUUGCAAGUACUUGCUUAUGACAUAUGUUUGAUAGUGCUUAAAAUGCCUUACUUUUGUCUUUGAUCAGUUAUCAAUUUCAUACUUCGACAUGUAUUAUAAAAUUCCACUUUAUUCUAAUUUAUUAUGCAUUUUGUAUCGAUUUAUAGCUGCUGUUGCAGGAAAACCUUUCUUAAACAUAGCAUAGUUUGAAAGUUUUGAACUUACUCACACACAUCACAGAUCUGAAUGGUUAAAAACACAGAGUGGUCUUUUCUAGUUGUUGUGUCACCUGAAAUAUUGAUCUUGGUAUUUUGGAGAAAGGUUUUCUUGCGAUAGAAAUGUGUUGCUCUCUCCCCUGAGAGUAAAGUCUUUAAUAAACGUCACUUUCUUGUCAUUUCAA